UCAGUGUAUAAGCCGCAGAGUUCUCAGGAAGCAGCACCUGUUCUUCCAUCUCUCUCUCUCUCCGUCAGUCAUGAGCUCCAACAACUUCAGCAGCCGUUCCGUGGGCUCUCAGCCCGGCGCCGGAGCUCAGAUACCCCGGCAGGGGAACUCGUACUUCGGCUUCGGGAACGUGUCUCCGGCCGCGGUCCCCAUCAAGCCUGUGUCCGUAAACACAAGCCUCCUGACCCCCGUCGAUCUUCAGCUGGACCCUGACCUGCAGUCUGUGAGGAUCCAGGAGAAAGAAGAGAUCAAAACUCUCAACAACCGCUUUGCCUCCUUCAUCGACAAGGUCCGUAAAUUAGAGCAAGAUAACAAGCUUUUGGAGACUAAAUGGAAGCUGCUACAGAAGGAGGAGGAACCAGAGUCUAAACUGGAGCCCAUGCUGAAGUCUUACAUCACUUCCCUUCGGGCUCAGCUGGAGCGGGUGAACAAAGACAAAGAGCACCUGGACGAUGAGCUCAGGAAUGUCCACGCACUGGUUGAGAAACAAAAACAAAGGUAUGAAGAUGAGAUUAACAACAGAAACAAAGCUGAAAAUGACUUUGUUCUUCUGAAGAAGGAUGUGGAUACUACAUACUUGUAUAAAAAUUCCUUGGAAGAUAAAAUAGCGGCAGUCCUGGAAGACCUGAACUUUUUCAAGAGCUUCUACGAGCAGGAGAUGCAUGAGCUGCAGGCUGACGUGAAGGACACGUCCGUUGUGGUGCAGAUGGACAACAGCAGGCAGCUGAACAUGGAGAAGGUCCUCGCUGAUGUGAAGCGCCAGCAUGAGGAGAUUUCAGCAAGCAGCCGAAAAGAAGCUGAGGCCUGGUAUAAGAACAAGUUUGACUUGAUCUCAUCACAGGCUGAGCAGUGUAACACUGAGCUGAAAGACAAUAAAGGCGCAAUAGCUGAUUUAAACAGGCAGAUAGCGCGACUGCUAAAUGAGAUAAAUUCAGUUAAAGCACAGCUCAAGAGCACGGAUGACAAAAUCAAAGAGGCGGAGCGUUGCGGCGAGGAGGCGGUGCUUGACGCGAAAGAACAAAUCAAAUCGCUGGAGGAAGCUCUGCAGAAAGGCAAGCGUGAAAUGACCAGACACAUUCGAGACUACCAGGAGCUGAUGAACGUCAAGCUGGCUCUGGAUAUUGAGAUUGCCACGUACAAGAAACUACUGGAAGGAGAAGAGAACAGGCUUGGAAUAUAGUCCAUCCAGCCCACAUCCAGCCUACUGCUAAAAGAAGAUAAUAUACUGAGCAACUGACAAGAAGAAAUAAAUAAUAUUUACAUUAAAAAAAGUUAGUUUUUUUUUCUUUCGCAACCUGCUCAUGCAUGAAAGGUUUCGGGGUUUUAGUCAGUGUUUUAUUAAAUGAAUUCAUUGUUUUUGUUGUAUGGGGAUCAAAUUAUCACUAGCAUCUUCCUAAAUGUUUUUUGCUGCUUACUAAAUGCCCUUUACGCAUUUAACCUUUUCUCAGACUUUCAUCUGAAACUAUUAUGAGCAAUUUUGAAUGUAAAUAUAUCAUAAAAUUUAAUAAAUGUAAAAAAAACUUA